AAUGCACCUUGGGUAAAUAGACUGUCGUAAAGAUGGCGGCGGCGGUGUGCAGGGUUCUGUCCUUCAGUAGGAACGCUAAGGUGCUGGGUUCUCCUCUGAGGCUGGCCGCUGUGCCGGUUCUCCGCUACAGCGUGGAGGUGUCCAGGACCGGCGAGGCCAUCACUCACACCGGACAGGUGUUUGAUGAAGAUGACCCCAGGAGAGCCAGAUUCGUUGGCAGACAGAAAGAGGUGAAUAAGAACUUUGCCAUCAAGUUGGUGGCAGAGGAGCCAGUGACUGAAGUUCAGGCAAGAGUGGUGUCCUGUGAUGGAGGUGGAGGAGCCCUGGGUCACCCCAAAGUCUACAUCAACCUGGAUAAAGACACAAAAGUGGGAACAUGCGGCUACUGUGGAUUACAGUUCAAGCACAAGCAUCAUCACUAAAACAUUUCCUCUGUCUUUGCUUCUCUCUAUAAAACGCCAUAUUGGUUAAUAAAUUAUAUGUUGUCCGUCA